AUGGCCACAGCCGCUCCGACUACAACCCACACCGAGACUGUUGACCCCUGCCACGUCACCUCCUACUCGGGAGUCGCUGCCGCCGUGUCCUCCUGUACCAACAUCACUCUUGACAGCAUCGCCGUUCCUGGUAACACAACACUCGACCUGACAAAGCUCAAAACCGGCACUGUCGUGACGUUUGCGGGAACGACAACAUUCGCCUACGCAGAUGCAAACUAUGACAUGAUCAAGGUCGCUGGUACAGAUGUCACCAUCACAGCGCAGAAAGGAGCAAUUAUUGACGGCAAUGGCCAGGCCUGGUGGGACGGUCUUGGUUCGAACGGCGGUGUCGCUAAGCCGAACCACUUUAUCACCAUCAGCAAAGCUAUUGGCAAGUCUGUGGUCAAGAAUCUGGUCAUCCAAAAUUACCCUGUCCACUGCUUCUCCAUCUCUGGUAGUAACGGGCUGGUGGUGGAGAAUAUCUUCUUGAACAACACAGAGGGCGAGGCGCCCAAUAGCAGAUCGAAUGGACUUGCCGCGGCUCAUAAUACAGAUGGUUUCGAUAUUUCAAGCACCGAUGGCAUGGUCCUGAGAGAUUCAAGGGUGUUGAACCAAGAUGAUUGUGUCGCUAUCACCAGCGGUAACAACAUCACUGUUUCCAACAUGUACUGCGAUGGUGGGCAUGGUCUUUCUAUUGGAAGUGUCGGUGGCAAGAGCAACAACAAUGUCACAAAUAUCCUGUUCGAAAACAGUAAAGUACUCAACAGCCAGAACGGUGCAAGAAUCAAGUCCAACUCCAACACUACUGGCUACAUUGCCAACAUCGAGUACCGCAACAUCCAGGUCUCGAACAUCGACAUCUACGGUAUCGACAUUCAGCAAGACUACCUCAACGGAGGCCCGACUGGAAGCCCCACAAAUGGUGUCAUCAUCAAGAACAUCACCAUGUCCAACAUCUUUGGCACUGCUCAGACCAAGGCUAGAGACUACUAUAUCCUCUGUGGAGAUGGUAGUUGCUCAAACUUUACCUUCAACAACAUCCAUGUUACUGGAGGAACUAACAGCUCUUGUAACGUCAAGCCUGCUGGAAACUUCCAGUGUGUCUGA